AUGGCCAAUGAGCCCAGCAGCUAUGCCCAGAUGCGAGCGAACCGUGAGGCUCUCCAGCCCUCCCCACACGCGGGGCAACGGCGAGCUGAGGAGGGGCUCCGGCGCGGCCAUGCGGACUUCGCGGAGGCAGUCGCGCGUCCUCCCCGUGCCGACUUCGACGCCCUGGGCCAGAAUCGCAUCUCCAACCGGCCGCGCUCCGCCUCUCCGCGGCGAGGUCCUGCGCAGAGGCGCGAGGAGCAAAAGGAGCCAGCCCAGGAUGAGAUCAUCGAGGAGUUCUUGGAGGGACUGCUCGAGGGCUUCCGCCUGGCGGGUGUCGGCGUCCGCGCCAGCGAGCCAGAGCCUCCCACGCUGGAGGAGCGGGUCGGCAACUGGCAGGACUUGGAUGACGUGCCGAAGGCAUCCGCAGAGCGCGCCCUCUCGCCAAAGCUGCAGGGCAUGAUGUCCCGGAGACCGCCGAGCCCCCCGCCGCAAAGCCCCCCACGGCCCAAGUUCGAGGACGAACUCGCCGAGGCAACCACCGAAGUCGCUGCGCCCUCGCUGUCCACUACGCUACGAAGGCAUGCACUGAAGGCCUUCUUGGAUGAGACUUGCGGCACGGUGGCUAAUUCUUUCGACGUGAUGGCAGGCCUAGCUCUGAAGUCCUCCAUCGGGGGCUCCGGUACCCCCGAGGACCGUCUGCGGUUCAUGUUUAGCGAGGAGGACUUCCGAAUCGCACUCACGGGACUCGGCUACGGCAUGGGCGUGAAAGAUGUUUGGUGGUCAGAGCUCUUUACGGCCAUGGACGUGGAUGGUGAUGGCGCGGUGUCACUGCAGGACAUGUUUGACGGACUCGUGCUGGCGCUGCCUCCGCUGCCGGGCGAUCCAGGUGGCGAGCCUGGGGUCAUCUUUGCCGAGUCCUCCCCGGAGACUUGGCGGCGGAAGUCGCUGAUUCCAUGA